CUUGUGCUCUUGUGACCACCCCAGGUGCGAGCAGCAGCACCCUUCGGCAGAGGUAAAUUUGCUUUGCUGAGAGAUCUUUUGUUCCAGUGCUCAUUUCCUUUGUGACUCCGAACUCUCAUUUCCAACAGAAGAGGCAGUCUUCUCCGUGUUGGUCAGGCUGGUCUCGAACUCCUGACCUCAGGUGAUCCGCCUGCCUCGGCCUCCCAAAGUGCUGGGAUUACAGGUGUGAGCCACUGCGCCGGCCCAGCGUUGCUUUUCAAUUUGCAAUUACAAAACCGUGGGACGCCACUUGACGCUUCUCACCACCAAUCCAACCACCCAGCUCCCAGUCUCGUCAGGAGGAAGAAGGUCCCAUCAUGCCACUAGGAAGCUCACACGGGCCAGAAGCCGAGACUCCCGAGAGCGGAUCCGCCGACAUGAAUCCCGUCUUGGUGGUCCACGGCGGAGCUGGCCCCGUCUCCGAGGAUGUGAAGGAGAGAUUGCGCCAGGGCAUCGUCAGAGCCGCCACCGUGGGCUACUGCAUCCUCCGGGAGGGCGGGAGCGCCGUGGACGCUGUGGAGGGAGCUGUGGUCACCCUGGAAGACAAUCCCGAGUUCAACGCAGGUAAAUGUGCCUUUCGGCUAGUAAAUAAUGUCAGUCCGGUCAAGCUCCUCCCUCAGAAUAAAUAAAACCUAUGUAAAGUGUCGGGGAAUCCAAUGAACUUUGGGGUGACACCACAUAUGUAAAAAAGAAACAGUAUUUUAUUUUUCACCUGUGAUGAAAAGAGUCAAAUGCUAGAAUACUUGGAGAGAUUUAUUCUGAGCCAAAUAUGAGUGACCAAUUGCCUGUGAUACAGCUCUUGGGAAAUCCUGAGAACUUGUGCCCAAGGUGGUUGGGCUACAGCUUGUUUUAUACGAUUUAGGGAGACAAAAGACGUCUAUCAGUACAUAUAAGAUGUACAUUGGUUCCAUCUGGAAAGGUGGGACUACUGGGCGGGAGGGUGGCUUCCAGGUCAUAGGUAGAUUCAAAGAUUUUCUGAUGACAAUUGGUUUAAAGUUUUGUCUAAAGACCUAGAAUCCAUAGAAGGGAAUGUCUGGAUUAUAUAAGGACUCAUGGCUGCAGAGGGAAUUGAUAGAAGGUUGUUGAGCACGGUGACUCAACACCUGUAAUCCCAGGACUUUGGGAGGUCAAGGCAGGCAGAUCACCUG